GCCAGCAUUAAGCAUCAUUUACCGUCUUUAAGUAUCAUUCCGCAAUAUAUCAUUUGCCGUCACGAGUCAUCAUUGACCUUCAUUAGAAAUCGCUCUUAACAUUCACCGUAGAAAAUGAUUUGCCGUCACAAGACAGUAUUCUCCAUCACUAGGCAUCAUUCAUAGAAAUUGUAGACAACAUCUCUCUCGCAAGGCAUCAUUCACGGUCACUAUAUACUAUUUACCGUUGUAAGACGUAAAGCAUCAAUCCCCGGCACAAGAAAUCAUUCACUGUCUUCUACCUCACGAACGAACUCGUGCCCAGGAUUCCCGCUUCUCCUUUGAAAGCAUCACUUCUCCCAAUACAGCCUGACCGAUCUUGCAGGGUGGGAGACAGUGUGGAAGUGGAUGCUUUUUAGACGGAAAAGCGAGAUAGCGUAGAUAAAUAUGUCUGAAAUUGAUAUUCUGGUUGAAAUGGGUUUUGCUAGGAACAGAGCAGAGAAGGCCCUUGCCGUAACUGGUAACAAAGGCGUUGAACAGGCAAUGGAAUGGCUCCUUGCCCAUUCAGAAGAUCCAGACAUUGAUGAACCUUACAAACCACCUGUUGGACAUGUGUUGGGUCAAGAUGAUGAGGCAGCCUCUUCUGAUGGAGCAAAUGAGAAAGUUCCAGUUGAGAAUUUAGAUCAUUCAUCAGCUGCUGCUGGAUCCAGUGCAGAACCCCAGCAAGCCCUAUCUCUUGUUUGUGAUGACUGUGGAAAAAGACUCAAAAGCGAGAAUGAUGUGCAGAUGCAUGCAGCAAGAUCAGGACAUUCCAACUUUUCUGAGUCGACGGAGGAAAUCAAGCCUCUUACUGAGGAAGAAAAAAAGCAGCAACAAGAAAAGUAAGGCUCUUGCUUUCUCUAAUAAAAGAAAAAAAUAUCCAGUGCUGAUAAGGAGAAUUUGUUAAAAAAAGAAAAGAGCAGAAGGAAGUUUGGAAAGGAACUGACGACAGUGAAACAAAAGAUGGAAUAUCAAGAAGCACUGAAGAUAGCUAAUGAACGGAAAAGGGAGAAAAUGGAAGAAAGAUUAGCAAAACAAAGAGUCAAAGAUCAGAUCGCAAGAGAUAGAGCUGAGAGAGCUGGAAAGUUCGGUAAGGGUGGAGCCGACCCACAGCCGGUCAAUGCAGCAGCUACUGCAGCACCAGCUCAAACAGUUCAACCCGCCGCUGUAGAGAAAAAACAACACACGACUUGUAAACUACAGUUUCGUUUAACAAAUGGCAGUACGAUCACUGGAACUUUCCAAGCCACGGACACCCUGGAGGCAGUUCGUAAUUACAUACAUGACAACCGCACAGAUGGCUCGACGCCUUUCAACUUGAUGACCACCUUUCCCCGGAAAACUUACACGGACGGAGACAUGGAAACUAGUCUCCAGGAUGCUGGGCUGGUACCCUCGGCCGUGCUGAUACUGACUAAAAUUUAAAAUAAACUCUAGGCAACGCUUGUUACAGAGAAAAUUAAGAUCUUUAGACAUGAUUUUCGUGCUUUCGUUAAAAAUAUGGAGGGAUUUGGCUCGACGUUAAGCAAACUAAAUUGACUGUUAGAAGUAAUGUGGAAUGUCACUUGUCCAAUGUAAUGACAGUUAAGCCAAUCUUGGUCUAUAUUGCAACGGGCAGUUGCAUUUUGUUGCAAAUUUCCCGUCCAUUUAGACUCGAGUUGCUGUUGACAAAAUUUUCCGUCCGUCAGUCAAUCGAAGAAACGAGGACAUCUGAGUCUUCUUUUACGUAUCA